UGUUCAACAAUUUGAGAACCGGAUAGAAAAUGAGAGACAGAGCAAUCAGUCCGGAACCGUCCAAAGUCACUGCAUCUCCUUGACCUUCUUGAACUGCUGCAGUCCCUGUGGUGAAGCUACUCCUAGAUUGCUGUUCCACAAGGAGUUACAGGAUUUUCAUCCAGUGGUGAUAAGGGUAUUAGAACAGUAAGAUUUGUAGUGAGGAGACUUAAAACCAAAUAUCACUUCAGAAUCUGACAGAGUUGCCAAUUUAUUGUAGCCUGAAUGUCAUUGGAUUUUGAACAUGGAAGGGAAAAGCACCAUUCACAGUGGAGGGAAACCAUACAUGUGUUGUACAUGCGGACAAGGUUUCAGCAGAUCAUUUGUCCUGUCAGAACAUAAAAACAGUCACACUGGGGACAGGCCAUUUGUCUGUUCCGAGUUUGGGAAAGGAUUCCCUCAAUCAUCCACCUUGCUGAAACACCAGCGAGUUCACACGGAGGAAAGACCUUUUCAGUGCUCAGACUGCGGGAAGGGCUGUAAAAGCUCUGGGGCGCUGAUAUCCCAACAAUGUGUUCACAGUGACGAGGGACCCUUCAUGUGCUCGUAUUGUAGGUCUGGCUUCAAGCAACCAUCUGACCUCAUUGAGCACCAGCGGAUUCACACUGGGAAGAGACCAUUCACCUGCUCAGAAUGUGGGAGGACAUUCGCUUGGAAAUCAACCCUGCUGAAACACCAGCAAUUUCACGAAGUGGACAGACCUUAA